UUGUGCAACAGCUCUCCUCUUCUUCCUCGGUCAUAUCUACUACAUUUUCUCUCUCUAAACACUCUCCUCUUUUUCUCUCUAGAUAUUACCUACUAUUAUCUGCUUCUCUCUCCAUAUCUAUUAGUAUUAUCUACUACUUUCUCUCUCCAUAGCUACUACGUAUUCUCUGUUCAACACUCUUCACUCUCUCUCAAUAUAUAUAUAUAUAUAUAGAACCUUUUUCUAAUGAAGUCUUGUAGAACAAUGCCAAUCAGAUUAAAAUGUGGAUUUUAGAGUUCAAAGUGUCUCUGAUUCACAUCUACACGAUCAUUUUGAAUCUCAAUAUUCACUCAUCAGCAAUUCCUCUGUGAAUCUUUGAAGCUUCUUCGAUCAAUCAAUUGUCACACUUACUCAGCUUAUAAUCUAGGUCUGAAAAGUGAGGCAACAGCUGAAUCCAAACCAAAUGCGAUCCAUAAACAACAGCAUGUCUUAAAUUUAAAUGCAAUCUCUAGUUUUAUAGAGUCUGAAUUGAUGUUCAGCUUAUCUUGCUAUGUACUGUAAUUUUUUAGUUUUAGAUGAUUGGAAAAUGCUUCUUUUGGAGAGAGUUUUUAAUUUUUUAUUUUUCUUGUGAAUACCUUUAAAAUCUCUCUGUAUUUCAAACUACCCUGGAUAUCCAUUUGAUUCUUGAAAUAUAUAAUGAGUUGUUACUGGUUUUGUGCAGAUUGAGGAAUUUAAGAUCACAGGCAUCCUAUGAGUAAAACCUCUUGUUCCUGAUGAAGGUCAGUAUUUCGGCUAGAAUAAAUGAAGUUCCAAGUGGAAGUUGCUUUUGCUUGCCUUGUUAGCUUGAUAUGGAUUCGACAAAUUCUUUGUGAUGAUAUUUCUGAUACCUCUCAGCUGAACAAAUGGGCAUGUACAUGUUCUUCUGCAUAUCAAGGGAACCAAAGCUUUGCUGUUGGAACCAACUGCUCUACAUCCUGUGAUUGCAGUCCUGCUGCAGGAGGAUCGGCUGAAAAUGGAUGGACAUGCAUAUGUGCUGCUGGUGGAUUCCCUGAAGUAGCUGCCAACAAUCAUGGCACCAGCUGUUUUACAGCCUGCAAUUGCACUUCUGGACCAUCAAAUGAGGCAGAGUCUUCAAAGAAGCAAAUUUCCAGCAAAGUAGUGGUGAUCAUUCUCUUGUUAUGUGUUGUGUUCACAACUCUUGCAUUCGUUGCAUUGGUGUUAUGCUAUGUCUACCGAAGAGACAAAUGUACUAUACAACCACCUCAAUUCUUGUCAGAUAAAGAGACAAGCUACAACAGUGCUACCAACUUAAUAAGCCAUAGUGCUAAUUCAAUGGCCAAAUCCAGAGCUUACAAUGGUUCCCCCAUUAACCCUAUAAUAGGUUGGGUUCACAAGGCUUCAUUGUUUAGAGGAAAAACAAGGACACUACGUGGAACAAUUAUACAAUUUUCAUAUUCUGACUUGGAAAUUGCAACCAAUAAGUUCUCCAAUUCUAAUAUGAUAGGAGUCGGGAGUAGCAGCCACCUUUACUGUGGUCACCUCAAAGACAAUAGAACUGUAGCAGUUAAGAGAUUGAAAACUCAGGGAGGGCCAGAUUCGGAAGCUGUUUUCUUGACUGAGAUUGAAUUGCUAUCAAGACUCCAUCAUUGCCAUGUGGUGCCUUUGCUGGGCUACUGCUCAGAAAAUCGAGGAAAGCAUGAUGAGAGGCUGCUAGUAUUUGAGUAUAUGCCUAAUGGUAAUUUGAGAGAGUGUUUGGAUGGGGCUUCAGGGAAAUUCCUAGAUUGGGGUACUCGUGUUGCAAUUGCACUUGGAGCUGCCAGGGGCUUGGAGUAUCUCCAUGAAGCAGCUGCACCAAGAAUUUUGCAUAGAGAUGUCAAAUCAUCAAACAUUCUCAUAGACGAGAAUUGGCGAGCAAAGAUUACUGAUCUCGGUAUGGCUAAACAUUUAAGAAAUGAUGGCCUUCCCAGCGGUUCCAGUUCUCCAGUUAGAAUGCAGGGGACUUUUGGCUAUUUUGCACCAGAAUAUGCGAUUGUUGGGAGAGCUUCUCUUAAGUCAGAUGUUUUCAGUUUUGGGGUAGUUCUUCUUGAGCUGAUCACUGGUCGGCAACCCAUCCAUAAAUCACCUAAUAAAGGAGAAGAAAGCCUUGUCAUUUGGGCUACACCCCGUUUACAGGAUAGUAGGCGAGUAAUUUUGGAGUUGCCUGAUCCACAUUUGAAAGGGAAUUUCCUAGAGGAAGAGAUACAAAUAAUGGCUUACUUAGCAAAGGAGUGCCUGCUAUUGGAUCCUGAUUCACGGCCAACUAUGAGCGAGGUGGUUCAAAUCCUUUCAACUAUUGCACCAGAAAAAUCUAGAAGGCGAAACAUUUCAAUUGAUCUUCAUCAGAGCACCUCUCCCAGCAUGAGAGGUGAAACAGACUUGGAGAAGCUUGACAAACAAGUUGAGGAUCCCAUUGAAGAUGAUGAGGAGCUCAAGCAAGUCAUAUCUAAUGGGAAAGAUUCAGACAUUGUUUCCGCUGUGGACAUAGAGAGAUUGAUCAUUUUGACUUCAAAAGCUAGAAGUUGGCAUUCUCAAGAUGAUGAAGCUGUGGACCUAACCGCACCCAGGUUUGAAUCGUUCAGUAACACUGAGAUCGUGUGAAGCAUCGAUGUUUUGGAUCUCUCUCUCUCUCUCUCUCUCUUUCUUUUUCUUGUUUUUUUUUUUUUCCUCCUUUUUAAAUUACAGGUUCUUUUGUUAAUAAUGAUUGCUCUUGAUAAUUGUUUAAUGUUCUUUAUUUGUUAAUGUACAGAAGUUGGUUUUUUACUUUGUUUGAAGAUGAUGACUUCUUCUCA